AUGCCCAUUGCCGUCAUUGGCAUGGCCUGCCGCUUUCCUGGGGAUGCCAUCAGCCCCGAAAAGCUGCGGGAACUCUGUGCCAACGCCCGCAGUGCCUGGUCCCCCAUUCCUUCGAGUCGCUUCAACCAGGCGGCCUGGUAUCAUCCAGACAAAGAGCACCUCGGGACGGUAAUGGACCCGGAGGUCAGAAUGCAACUGGAAACGGUAUACGAGGCGUUGGAGAAUGCCGGCAUUCCCCUCGAACAGGUGGCGGGCUCGCGAACGGCCGUGUUUGCGGGGACCUGCUUUCGAGAUAAUCACGACAGCUUAAUGCGAGACCCAGACACCCUUGCGCGCUUCUAUUUGACCGGGAAUGGGGCGGCCAUGAUUGCAAACCGGGUCUCCCAUUUCUAUGAUCUGCGAGGCCCCAGUCUCAUGGUCGACACCGGCUGCUCCACCACUCUCACCCUACUUCAUCUAGCCUGUCAGAGCCUGCGAGCCAACGAGAGCAACAUGGCCAUCGUAGGGGGAUCGAACGUUCUCCUGAACCCGGAUAUGUUUAUUUCCGGAAUCAACCUCAGUCUUCUCUCCGCGGAAGGAAAGUGCUUUGCUUUUGACUCCCGGGCAUCGGGGUAUGGUCGCGGGGACGGCGUGGCCACCAUCCUAAUUAAGCCCCUGGAGACGGCCCUCCGCGACGGCGAUCCCAUUCGCGCGGUGAUCCGCAAUACCGCCGCCAACCAGGAUGGGAAAAUGGCUACCCUGACGUCACCGAGCCAGGAGGCACAGCAGACGCUCAUGCGGGAAUGCUAUGAAGUGGCGGCUCUAAACCCCGUUGAUACGGCCUAUGUCGAGGCCCACGGGACCGGGACCCAGGCUGGAGACACCAUUGAAGCCCAUGCACUGGGCACGAUCUUUGGCAAUGGCCGACCCGGGGAACACCCGCUUCUGAUCGGAUCGGUCAAGACCAACAUUGGCCAUACGAAAGCGGCAAGUGGUCUUGCAGGUAUUAUCAAGGCGGUCAUGGCAUUAGAGAAGGGGCAAAUCCCACCGCAUUUGAACUAUGAGUCCCCCAACGAGAAGAUCUCGCUGGAGACUUUGAAACUAAAGAUCUCCUCCGAUCCUGGGGCAUCACCCCACCGGAGUCACCGGCCAUUCGAGCGGAGAGGCUGCUCGACCCGUGCAGGCGGGAUGGUGGCCGUCGGUCUGGGUCGCGAGGAUGCCCAAGCCGUGCUCUCCCGGGUUCAAUCCGGGAAAGCCGUCGUUGCGUGCGUCAACAGCCCAUCCAGCGUGACUAUCUCGGGCGAUAUGAUCGCUAUUGAGGAGAUAGAGGCAAUUCUGGCGCAAGAGCAGGUGUUUGCUCGCCGCCUGAAGGUCGAAGCGGCUUAUCACUCUCACCAUAUGCUGCCAAUUGCCGACGACUAUCGGGAAAUGCUGUCGCGGUUCUUGCAGCCAGAACCUGGUUAUGACGGGGGAAUUAUCUACUCAUCCCCGACGACAGGCGACCGUAUGUACUCCGGAGAAGAAAUCGCGAGUCCAGAGCACUGGGUGCGAAACAUGGUACAGCCUGUGGAGUUUCUCGACGCCCUUCGCAACCUCUGUGUUAAUCCGGCUGAGUCUGAUGGCACGCUCGCGGUUGAUCUGCUCAUCGAAGUCGGGCCGCACGGCACUCUGGCCCGUCAAUGUCCAGGCCAAAACCAACGUGCUGACGGGGAGCGGGACAGUGGCCCCACGAACCCACCCAAGUCCGCGGCUGCUCCUGCUACCUUCAAGAAAGGGCCCCAUUUCUAUGCCAUCCUCGUCGCCAUUUGCUUUGUUGGCAUGAUGACUGCCCUGGAUGGCACCAUCACCUCCACCACACUGCCUUCAAUCAUCGCAGAUUUGGGCGGAGGUGACCGCUAUGUCUGGGCCGUGAACGGCUAUUUUCUUGCCAUGUAUGUACCGCGACCAACACCCACCCCCCUGAUUCCCCGUUCGAGGCGCGCUGACGAACCAAACCACUAUCAACAGCUGGCCAAUGUAUUCGGACGACGCUGGCCCACCAUAGUUUCCACCGCCACCUUCAUCUUGGGCAGCGGAAUCGGCGGCGGCGCGAGCAAUAUGUCAAUGCUGAUAGCUGGACGCGUGAUCCAGGGUGUGGGUGCCGGAGGAAUCAACGUCCUCAUUGAGAUCAUUGUCUGUGACUUGGUCCCGUUGCGGCAACGAGGGCAAUACAUUGGUAUGAUCUUCGGCGUCAUUGCGCUCGGCACGGCCUUGGGCCCCUUAUUCGGCGGCCUCAUUGUCCAACACACCACCUGGCGUUGGGUGUUUUAUUUGAACCUGCCUAUUGGUGGCGUGGCGUUGGUGAUUCUGAUCCUGUUCCUUCAUGUAAAAUACAAUCAGGAAAAGACCUUUGCGGAUAAGCUGACACAGAUCGAUUGGUUGGGAAACGUGCUUUUUGUGGCGACGAUAAGCGCUAUUCUUAUCGCGCUCUCCUGGGCCGGCGCUGUGUAUCCCGUCGCCGCGACUCGCUCCCCAUCCAAUGAUGCCCCUCCAUCUCUUUUCGAACCGGAGUCCGCGAUAGCGUUCAUUCUGACCUUCCUACACGGGAUCAUCACAAUUUGGGCACUCUUCUUCCUACCCGUUUACUUCCAAGGGGUCCUGGGUUCGUCGACCACCCGGUCCGGUAUUCAGUUGUUGCCGACCAUUCUGGCGUUAGUACCGUUUGCUGGCCUAGGGGGAACCCUGAUGUCGAAGCUAGGUCAAUAUCGGUUCAUCCAUGGUGCUGGGUUUGCUUUGGUGAUUAUUGGCUUCGGACUGUUGACUCUGCUAGACGAGCGCUCCAACACAGGCAGUUGGGUAGGAUUUCAGAUCAUACAGUCUGCUGGUGCGGGUCUAGUCAUUCCCACGUUACUGCCUGCCGUCCUAGCACCAUUGACAGAAGCUGACACCGCGCUGGCCAUUGCAACCUGGUCAUUCCUACGUACCUUUGGCAUGAUGUGGGGAACGGCCAUUCCAGCAGCCAUCUUGAACAAUCGCUUCGAUCGGCUUGCUCCCGGACGCAUCGAAGACCAGCAAGUCCUUACCGAGCUUCUCGGCGGACAAGUAUACGAGCAUGCUACCGCCGCGUUUCGUAGCACUUUGCCGUCAGAAACCCUGAAGCAGUUCGUUUCAGUUCUGUCAGAUAGCAUCAAGCGGACUUGGCAAGUGGCCAUUGCUUUUGCAGCUUUGGGGUUGCUGGUCGUGCUCUUGGAAAAGGAUGUUCCUUUGCGUCAGGAGUUGGACACUGAGUACGGACUGGACGAGAAGGGCAAGUCUGAGAACGCUAAGGAUUCUGAAGCGGGUGUGGAUACAUCUUUGGUUGUAGGAAAGAAAGAAUGA